UAUUUCAUCGGGGUCCACUCGCAGACAAUAUUUGUAAAAAUCAUUUCAGUUUCUAAUUAAACUUUUCAAAACAUGACUAAAUUUGAAGUGUUCGUCAUCGCUGUAUUCUUGAAAACACUCAUAACAGCAUUUUCGGAGUCUACAGACACGGUUACGUUUCACCAAACUAACAAAAUACUAGAUGUUCUUGACGACAUAUUCAUUGCCUUGAAAAUAAACAGAAACGUAUCAAAACUCAAAAACAUAGAGGAUAUGGCGAAACACAGUCUUAUACAAGACACGCUUUAUAAAAGCCAUAUAAAGUAUAAAGAAAUACUCGAUAUAUGCAAAACGGAUAUUAACAAUAAAAUUGAUUAUUACCUUUCAAACAUUAACGAUGUUAUUGACGAGAUGAUAAGCAAAGAAAUUGAAACAAAUCAUGAAAAAGUCGAGUUCGAUAGCACACUGAGUGAAAGCCAAGACUUUCUUAAUUUGACGAGAAGAUUUAACUUAAAUAUCAAAGUACUUGAUUUACCCCUUCCUAAGAAAAAGUUGCCUAACACAAAGACUAGUAAAGACGAAGCGCGGCGCAUCUUCCAAGGAAGCAGCACGGGCAUCAAACGGUACCCAUUUAUGGUUAGCGUCCAUGUCGCGGGACACUUCCUGUGCUCUGGGUCCCUGGUACAUGAAAGCCUGGCGCUGAGCGCGGGCUCCUGUCUGAUGCGUACUUCAGAUCUAAACGCGCACAUUCAGAUCCGCGUGGCGAGCAACUACGUGAGCAGGAUGGGCUACCUCAUCAACAUAGACGAGCUGUUCUUCCAUCCCGAGUUCGACAGGAAGACUCUGACCAACAACUUAGUGCUUCUAAAGACUAGGAAAGCCCUGCGAUUCAGAAAGCAGCGUGUGGUCGCCAUUCAGUACGACAGGGCGCCGAGCGCUCUGAAACCUGACGUCGAAAACGUGAUCAUACUGGGCUGGGGCCGGAGAAAGACAGAUGAAGCAGACCGGCCACAAGAGGAAACACCACUAUCAGAGGCGACUGUCGAAGUCUACGACUUCGAUUCAUGCCAGUACAUCUACACAGAAGAAUUCGUUACAAACAAGACUUUCUGCGCUGGGUUCGGCGCUGGAGCUUGCAACCACGAUGCCGGAGGCCCAGCACUUCUGGACAACGUAUUGGUCGGAGUUAUAAGCUUCGGCUCCCCUCAUUGCGGCGCCACAGAAGCCCCCACAGUCUUCACUCGCGUUGGCCUCUAUCACCAGUGGAUAGAAGACGUGUUCCAGAAGAUCACCCAGAAUCCAGAAGUUAGAUCAGAAACAAAUAAACAGAUGAAUGAUGAUGACUAUGUAAAGAAUCAAAUACUGGACGUAGAUGAAGCGAUGAAGGACAUAUACCGAGAGAACUUCAACGUUGACGAUGUACUUUACGGGCCGAUAGAGGCACUAGACGAAAACGAUAACCCCAUUGUUGUCAACCAAUCGGUCUUACGAAAUUUCCAAAACGACCUAAGCUUGUUCCCUGAUCCAGAAUUUCUGGCACUCUUACCUCAACCAGAGACUCCAAAACCAGAAUUGCCAGAUGAAUACUGGAGAGAUGAGCCGUCAAACGAACAGACAAAUACCACGAACGAGGAGACAACUACCACAAACGAACAGACAACCACCACAAACGAACAGACAACCACCACGUACGAAGAGACAACCACCACGUACGAAGAGACAACUACCGCAUACAAAGAGGCAACUACCACAUACGAAGAGAUAACUACGACAAGCGAACAGACAACAACCACAAGCGAUAAUUAUGAACUUGAAGAAGAAGAAGAUCAGUUUCUUGCAAUAGAAGUUACACAUACAACAAAUCUACCACAGGUCACACAAGACGUCAAAUCUUCACUUAGAAUCGGUACAACAGAAUCAAGCCAAAGUGAAAUUUACAAUGACAAUAAAUUUAAUGACAUCAAAACAUCUGAAGAAGACUGUGCUAUUCGAUAUAGAUUAUGCAAAAAACGUAAGAAAGCAAAAGCUUCUGACAACAUUCGCGAAAACGUUAACGAAUUUGAUUCCGACAGUAACAAUGUUUUGGUAAACCCAAGGAGAGACCAAUUAGAACCAAAGCCACCCAAACCUAAAAUUGACGCUGAUGAAGACGAUGACAUGGCAGUCAUUGUGUUGCUGGAUUCGUUUACUACUCAGAGAAUUGAAGUGCAUAAGAAUGAUCCGGUUUACGAGAGAGGAUUCAAAGUUUUAGCAACCAAGGUUCUGCAAGCACAGGAGCUUGUUUAAUUCGAAAUUUAAGAAGUAUGAAAUUUGAAAAUGUUGUUUACUUAAGUUUCAAUUUUGUUGAUGUCCUCUGUAACA